UGCAUUUUGUAGUCAUAAUUCUUAACAUAAGUUAAUAUUUUUGAUGUCUGUAUUGCUUGUUAUUAAAGAGUGUAGAAAUUGAUUAAUAAUGAAGUCUCAUUUCCUUAUAAUUCAAAGAGAUACUCUAAUUUGUUAUUUUCUGUGUUUUAGCUUGGUUAUUUGUCUGGUAGUUAAAAAAUUGAAAUUCAUACUUGUCUGUAAGUUUAUCUUGCUUUGUUUAUUAAGAGCUUUUGAGCUCCUAGGUCUCCAGGAAGUUACUUUGGAGAUGCUGGUGACCAUUUACUCUGAACAACUUCAGCCAUUACUUAAGGAUGUGCAUCUUGCCUCAAGGCUUAAAAUUGAAGCUCUUUACGAUCAAAUAGUUGAAGAGCAGUUUGCAGAGAUGCAACAGGUCAAGAAAGAUGAGACAUUAGAACUACCUGAUGAUCUUGACUACUUUGGGUAAAACUAU